CACCUCCAAACCAACAACUUUUUUUUUCUGUCUCAGUGUGCGGGCGCGUUCUUGCAAAUCUAGUGUUUUCCUUCUUUGGUUUCUUUUUUUUUAGCUACAAUUGAAAGGGGUUCCUCAGCAGCGCCGCUGCCAAUAGAAUUGAAUACACUCUUUGACCCGCGAUUUCACUUCAAGGAUGAGCUUUGCCAUCGAGGUGCCGGGUGAAGCCAGCCCACUCAACCUCCAAGAGCUCUGUUCGAAGCUGCUCCAGGCCGGAUCGGCCGAUCACAACCAGAGGCAGUCUGCCAGCCAGCAGCUCACUGCCUGGGAGGCAUACCCAGAUUAUUAUGCAGGCCUCCAGACCGUAUUCCUGGACAAGUCUGUUCAGCGUGAAGUUCGCUACCUCGCAAUAAUACUCCUCAAAAACGGCAUCGACAAAGGCUGGCGCAGCAUAUCAGCAAAAUCGUCCAUACCACCCGUCCAGAAGAACAUAAUCAGGUCGAGACUACUGCAAGGGUCAAUAAAUGAAGAUGACAAGAACCUGGCUCUACACAACGCCCUUGCCACCGCCAAGGUUGUCAGGAUAGAUUACCCAGCCGAGUGGCCUACAGCCAUAUCGGACAUGGUUGGCUUCGUCAGCAACUUUAGGACCGGGAACCAACAACACCUCAAUGGGUCUCUUUUGGUGCUGCUUCGGGCUGUCAAGGAGCUGGCCAAGGCCCGGCUACGCAAAUCACAGACGGCACUGCAACAGGUCACGCCGGAGCUGGUAAUGCUUCUCGGUGAAGUCUACUCGGAACAGGUGAACUUCUGGGCCGGAUUCCUCUCGAAUGGUCAAGGAGGUGAGGACGAUGCAGACUAUGCCAUGGAAAACAGCCUGAUAUGUCUCAGGAUAUUACGGGUUCUCGUUACGGUGGGCUACGAAUACCCUCACCGUGACCAACUCGUACGUGAGUUCUGGCAGAUGACGCAAACCCAGUUUGGUCAGUUCCUCGGCCAUGUCAGUCACGACUCGGCAGUGCCCGCCCCGUAUCAAGAGGUGGUCGGCAAGCACCUGCUUCAAUUCACAAAGCUACACCUCGAGGUCUGUGAGACGUUGCCGACGGACUUUGCGCUGCUCCCCAACUCUGUAGAGCUUGUGCAUGCAUACUGGGAUCUCGUGGCCAAGUUUGCCGAGGUCUUUGACAAAUCGGGGGGCAUCCAGAUAUCCUCAGCCGGGGGCGAUGGCGGCUCCAAGUCCAAAGUCGAAGGCCCUCUACUCGAACGACUCGCCCUAAAAGGCUUGCUUUUGAUUCGAGGCUGCGUGGCCAUGAUCUGCAGGCCCCUCCAAACUUUCAAAUACAAAAGCCCAGAGGCCAAGCAGGAGCAAGCACAUGCCAAAGAGCUUAUAAAGACCCAGUUGAUCACCGAUCAGUUUGUGACCCAGAUUGUCGACGUGAUCAUCACAAAGUUGUUUAUAUUCCGCAAGGCUGAUCUAGAUGCGUGGGAGGAAGACCCACAGGAGUGGGAGGCCCAGGAACGGGACUCUGGAGAUGCCUGGCAGUGGGAGGUCCGGCCAUGCGCCGAGAGGGUCUUCCUGGACCUACUGAUCCAAUGGAAGGAGCUGCUGGGUCCACCACUGCUCAACUACUUCCAAUCAACGGCCAAGGCCGAUGCAGAUAUUGUCACUAAAGAGGCAGUGUAUACGGCCAUGGGCUGUGCCGCGCCUACGGUGUACAAACUAUUCGACUUUGACACAUUCGUAACGUCUACCGUAGUCCAAGACGUUCAGAUGCAGGGCGAGUUGGCCAAGUUGCUGCGGCGUCGGAUCGCCAUCCUGCUCAGUCAGUGGGUGCCCAUCAACAUAUCCGACGCUACGCGCCCUGUAGUGUUUGAGAUAUACAAGCAUUUGAUGAACCCAGCGGAUCAGCACAACGACCAGGUCGUCAGGAUAACGGCGGCCAGGCAAUUCAAAAAGAUCGCCGAUGACUUUGAGUUCAAGGGUGAAAUCUUUCAACCACACGCGUAUGAAAUCCUCACACGGCUUGUCAGCUUGCUGACCGAGCUGGAACAUGACGACACAAAACUUGCCGUCCUUGAGACUGUACGACUUGUCAUUGAUCGAAUGGAAACGUCGGCUCGGCAAGUGGGCGAUCAGCUCAUUGAUGCUUUACCCAAGCUCUGGGAGCAGGCUGGAGACGAGGCGUACAUGUUGAAGCAGUCCAUUCUCGCCAUCCUAACGGCCCUUGUUAACUCCGUGGGCACGGAUUCACAAAAGUAUCAUCCCUUCAUCGUGCCUUUGAUCUCACAAGCGAUGGAUCCUACUUCAGAGAUAUCAAAAUUCCUCAUUGAGGAAGCAGCAGAAGUAUGGAAGGCGACAGUUGCACAAUGUUCGCCACCCGUAUCACCUGAAUUUAUGCACCUCGAGCUGAAGGCACUGCCGUUUAUAGAGUUCGACAAUGAACUGUCGGUGGAGCUCGUGCAGGUCAUUAAGACAUACGUUCUGCUCGCCCCCGAGAACAUUCUUUCCAAUGAGUUUAGGCGACCAACGCUGCAGGGGCUAGCAACGGCCAUGGAGUCGAAGCAAAAGGAUCAAGUGCACCAUGCUGCCAAAGCAAUCGACUACAUACUACGGGUCGCGCAAGAGCUAGGCGGCUCUGAGGGCUUGACCGUCGUGGUUCAAGACAUGCUGGAGAUUGGGUUCCUGAGAGUGGUUUUGGAGCGAAUACACGAAGCCUGGGAGGCUCGUCAAACGACUGGGCCACAGCGACGCUCACCACAAAUCAGCUCAGUCAAGGAGACGCACUACUUUAGCAUACUGGCACGCAUCGCCCUGGGUGAGCCUCGUGCGUUUGUUCAUCUGGUGACUGCCGCUGGCGACCUGGCAGCGGUCUGGAAAUGGAUGGUCGAUGAAUGGUUUGGCUGCUUUGACAUGAUGGCUGAUGUGGAAAAGCAAAAGCUAUCAUGCUUGGCACUCACAAGACUGUGCGAGCUUGCAGCAGCUGACGGGUCAUCGCCCCUUCGAGACUUGGUGCUGAGCCGUCUACAGGAUUACUUUGCCAUGUGGACCUCUGUCAUAACUGAACUGCUCAAUGAAAACGGACAGGGCGAUUCGUUGGUGUGGGAGGGUAAGCCCGAGGAGUAUGCAAACGACUGGGACACGCCGCAGGAUGUGCGUGAUCGCGCCUUCACCUACCGCGACCAGGUGCAUACCGAGCCGGCCUUUCCUUUUGUCCAAGUGAUACUGCAGGGACUUGUGCAGGCUGUUGGUGGGGAAGCAACAUUUCAAGAGCAGUGGGCCGUCAACGUUGACAAGGACGUCAUUGCAGGGUUCCAGAGUCUAUCGGCGCGUUACACUGGUUCCUGAGGGACCUGCUUCGUACUAGAGCUGACGCGUACCGAUAUGGGCAUUUAAAUGCGAAUGGGAUCACGGGGGAGAUGUCGAUGAUUGGUGAAAGCUAUGAUAAGGAAAGAUUUGGCGACGAUACCCACAAGUACAGUUUACUUGGUUUUGCAAACGGGUCAAGUGUGGAAACUUGUUUCAAUGAGUGAUCCUUGUUGGGUCGAUUCAGAUCAUGAAAAUGUUAACGACAACUCGCUUCAUUCUAUCAAACCACCCACCCCGCUUGAUCUUGAUAUUGGUCCUGCGUACGUUUACCAAUCAAGCAGGUUGUAUUGCCUGGCACUUCUCCGAUUGGUGCGUAUGUGAGGCAAAGCAAAGCAACCUCUGGUCUGUUGCCAGGUUAUCCAAUAUACUCCGUAAUCUGGACGCAGAAAGCCACAAACAGCAACAUGAAGGUUUUGUUGGUGCGCGCGCGAGUGUGUGUGUGUGUGUGUGUGUAGUGAAUAUGCAAGAAGAUUCGGUCGUCAAACAUUUCCCUUGUGGGAUUAGAAACUCCACAUCAAUCAGGACAAGCAGAACGAUUUUCCCGAAAAUCCCCCCGAUUUAGUUCAGCGAUUUCAGGAAUCCAUGUAGGUUCGGCCCAAGGCGAGGGGAAACGCAGCCCUGUUUUCUUGGAAAGAGUCUGGAAACUAAGAGACUGGCGCGGAGUAUGCUCUUGUGUGCAUAUCUCAUUUACGUUUGAGCCUUUUUGAGGGGUGGUGGUGGGUGGGGCUUUUUGUUCAAUAUAAACAACCUAGUCUAGAGACAAG